UUGCCUCCGAUCAGUCAAGGUUCUGAUUUCAUACGGAGCGCAAAGCGGCGUAAUUUACGAUAGUAUCUUCAUAUCGAGAUGGCCAAACUAGUACUGAUUGCUAUAGCUCUGUGUAUCGUGCAGGUUUCUUUGGCGCGAGUUACACGAGAUGCUCCAGCCCCCGCGAGCGAAGAGAAUUCGUUUUUCAAGACACUGACGGAUAUAGGAAGCAAGGUUCAGGAAGCAUUUGUUGAAACGCAGCAAAGUGUUCUUAAAUCGCUUGGCUUCCAAUCAAACGAGGAAGUCGUCGAAACAAUUCAAAAAAAUACAAAUAAAUAUGUGGAACAACUGAAAACCAUUCAAACAACCAUUCAAGAGGAAGCCAAAAAACAGGCUAGUGUUUUCGAACCGAUCGUGAAUGAUUUGAAUGUCAGAAUUGCGGAAACAACGAAGAAGUUGACCGAGCAAAAUCCGGAGGUUGUACAGAAAGCUAAGGAGUAUCAGGAAAGUGUUCAAAGCAAUAUACAAAAGUUGAUCAAUGAAACCCAGAAAGCGGGAGAACGUUUGAGUGAACAGGGCCGCGGAAUGUCCGAACAGUUGCAGUCGGCCUUGAAGCAGUUAUUGGAUGCUACGGUUCAGACGCUCCAGAAAACUUCCAACGAAUUGGAAGCCCCAAAACCUGCGUCAUCCUAGUGUCAUUCAUAGCCGGCGUAGUAUUACGAGAUUAGUAAUAUGUAAUUGAAAAUUUCCAAUAAAUGGCUCAACUAAUUUACUGACUCGCCCAAGCUACUUUCAAUUGUUCGUAAUUUGUGUUUCGUUUCUCAUCAUGCGGCAAGGGCACUAAUUGGCCGUUUCCUGGGUUCAUGUGUUCACGUUACUUCUGCCGUACGGAAAUGAGUAGUCAUCAACUAUCUAUUCUCAACUUGUUAGUUUAUCCAAUUAAGGUAAAUUGCAAGAAUACUUCACUACUCAAUUUGCAGAUAUUCUGUUUACAAAUCAUAUAGGUCGUAAACUGAUUUCUUCCUAGGAUGAGAUAAUUUCUAAUUAUAUUUUCUACACUUCACGGUCAUUGAUCUUUAUGGAUAUUCCUGAGUGUUUGGUGAAAUCUACUGAUUUCGAUAGAUUUGAUAACUAAAUGUCAUAAAUCGAUGUGGUAGCGACGUUGCAACAUCAUGUUGACUUAUUUCUAUAAACCUUUUUAUCGUCACUAAAUUAAUAAUUUACUCAGACAGCGUAUUAAAUAUUAAUACAAUAAA